AUGGAUGAACCAUUAGUCUCUGCCGGCUACAUGCUACUGAUCUGCUUUGGUAUCACUACAAUUAUGCAAUGCAGCUUCUUCUUUGUAGCAUACACAUGUCAAUUCGACAAAGUAACGGACCUCGCAGGUGCACUUAACUUUAUUACACUGGCAGUGCUAUCGCUUCUAUUACAAGGGAAUGAUGACACCCGCGCUAUCGUGGUUACAUGUAUGCAAGUGAUUUGGGCUAUACGAUUGGGCUCUUUUCUACUGAUCCGUGUGCUUAAACGCGGCAAGGAUGAACGCUUCGAUGAAAUGCGUGCAAACUCGUGCCUUUCGGUUGAUGGUGCUGAAUCCAAUUGUGGAUGGCGGCAAGUGGCGUCGGUUCUGUUCGCUCGAAAGCCACAGAAGCAAAUGCCAGCAACGGUUCGGAGUGACGUUCCACAUCUUCCAACCUCGGCUUAUUCUCCACUCUUAAACGACUAG